AUGGCGCCCCGGCUGAUGCAUAUUUUGGGCGAACUGACAGCACAACCGCCUAACAACGUGGAGGCAGCGGCAGAGCUGCUGACUCUAGUGCAGGCCGCUGACGCUGGCGAUGCUGCUGCUUGCACCAUGCUGGGCACUGCUGGAGGCGUGCAGCAGGCCGCACGGGUGCUCGCGGCGGCGUCCGCCCGCGUGGAUGCACCAAUGCAGUGCUCUACGCACGCCGUGCUCGCGAUGCUGCGCCACGCCGUGUGCCGACCACCAACCCGCAGCAGCACGGCCCUGCGGGCAGGCGCUCCCGCAAGGCACAAGCGCCCACCGCGGGCGCCAGCAUCAACAGACCGCCUGGAGGAUGUCGGCCAGAAGCUGCUCGCUGCCUUUGGCAGCCCCGACGUGCCCGACCCCAUGCUCGGCCUCAAACGUCCCACGAGCGAAGAGGCGGUGUGGCGCUUCGGGGGCAAAACAUUUGACGCCCACGCGCCCGCCGCGGUCGCGGCGGCCGGGAUCAUCUUCAAGACGCCGGGCGCGGCCGCCGCCGUGGCCGCAGUGGCCGCGGGCGCGGGCGUGCCGUCGGAAGUCCGCGUCGACGCGCUCCUGCUGCUGGCCGGCGUGGCCGCGGCAGCGCGGUUGCUGAAUCUCAGCGAUGGGAUCGGCGCAGUGGGCGCGGCGCCGCCCGAGCUGCUGCUGGCGAUCGAGCAGUGGGCGGACGAGCAGGGCCGCGGCAGUGGCAGCGGUGGCAGCGGUGGCGGCAGUGGCUGCCGCGGCGCUGUGCAUGCUGCGGCGGAGGGCGCCGGCGGCACGUCCUGCUGCAGCGGAGGCGCGCCCUGGGAGCUCUCAGACGCGGCCUGCCUCGUCAUCGACGCGGCGGCGGCGGCGCCGGCCGGCGCGGCAGCCGUCCUCGCCCGGCCCCGGUUGGUGCGCUGGCUGCUACCCCUCGCGCAGCGCCCCGAGGCGUGCCCAUCCAUCCCGGCGCUCAGGGCGCUCGCAAAUAUCAUUAUGACAGCCGCGCUGCCGCGCGGCGCCGGCGCGGCCGCUGCCUGCGCGCCGCUGCUGCCGGACACCUUCGCCGCGGCCACGCACGCGCUCGCGCGCGCGUGCGGCCUCGAAAGCCGCGGCCGGAGCGGCGCCACCGGGGCCACCGCCGACGCGACAGUGUUCCUGGCGCUGCGGCUGCUGUCGAUGUGCGUCGGUGCCAACGGGGGGCUCAACCUCCCCCGGGAGCGCUUGCUCGCAGAGCCCGGCCUCGCGGCCAAAAACAUGGCCGCGCUCGUGGCCGCGCUGGCGCCGCCGCGGCGCGGCUGCGUCCAAGGGGACACUCUGGUCGUGAGCGUCGUCCUGGGCACCUUUGCGGAGCUAUCGAAGCGCGGCGGCGCAGACGCAGAUCUGCUGAUCGCUGCAGGUGCAGCGGCCGCCACGCGGCGGGCGCUCGAUGCGCUGCGCGCGGGCCUGCCGCGCUCUGGGCAGGCGUGCCUGUCGAAUUUCGUCGCGCAGGAGGCCGAGAUUCUCUGCUUUCUGGCAGCCCCGGCCGGCGACGCCGGCGUUGGCAGCAGCAGCAUCAACAGCAGCGCAAGCGGCGGCGGCGGCAGCGGAGGAGGAUGCAACGGCGGCAGCUGCGGCGGCGGCGGCGUUGAGCCCGGGGCGCAGCGGCAGCAGGCGUCUCAGGCGCAGCUCGAGGCCCUCGAGCAUCUGCUUUCGCUGGUGCUGGCGUGCCCGCGCGAGCGCUCGACGCUCGACCUGUGCACGGCGAUGGGGGCGGCCAACCGAGUGCUCGUAGCCCGCCCCGCCCUGCGGCAGCCUGCGGCGGAGCGCGCUGGUUUUCUGGCCGCGCUCACCGACGCCGCGCUCUUUGAUGCCGCGCCGGGCUGCCCAGCGUACGCGGCGUACUACAAAGCUCUUUGCCUGUCGCAGGGCGAGGAGGCGAGCGAGGACCCGAGCGCCCCCGCCACGUCAGCAUGCGACGCGGUGGGCAUCCUCGGGCUCCUGGCUGAUGGCAGGCCCCACAGCCCCUCAGUUGUACAGAGUGUGAACUUCCGCGUGGUGGAUGACAUCGCGCACCAACGCGGCGGCGGCGCGGGCGGCGGCGGCGGCGAGCGGCUCGGCUAUGGGAGGGGUGUGGCGCUCAUGCUGGCGAAGAUUGGCCGCGGCAGCGGCGCGGCGCACGGCGGCGCUGCUGCGACGCCUGCCGUAGUGCGGGAGGUCUCGGCGGCGGCGCAGGCUCUGGGGAGCCACGGGCAGCGCGCGCGGCAGGCCGGGUCCCCCGGCGGCGGCAGCGGCGCGCCGGCGGCGCCGGCGCCCGUGGCAGCGGCGCUGACAGCUGCAGCGGACGGAGCGGGCGGCCGGGUGGCCUGCGCCGCCUGCGGCAGGACACAGCAGCAGUCGGCCUCUGGGAAGCUUUCCAAGUGCUCGCAGUGCAAGCAGGUGUCCUAUUGCUCCAAGCAGUGCCAGAAGGACCACUGGCGCGCGGGGCACAAGGCGGCGUGCUGCAGGGCAUGA